CCCUAAUCAAGUGAGCAGUUAUUAAUUUCCGGAGCGAAUCAGCGCGAAAAUGGAAGACUCGGAGGAGCUCCAAAAUUUGGAACAAGAGCUGCAGUGGUUGUUAGAGGAACAAGUACAGAAAAACCUUGCAGAAAUACAUGGCACACUUUUGGAAUGCAGUCGUAGAUUUCCUUACAGAAUGGGCUUUGAUGACAGAACUGUUGUAAAGCCACAGAGAAAUCUUCUCUCAAAUCCUAGCAAUACAGGUCAGGUAAAAUGUGUGGUGACGCUGAUGGGAGACAGUCUUUGUGAUGCUGAUAUUAGCUUCAGACAUACCGGUAAAUCAGGGAAGGACAAUCACAUAUUUAAAACAAAGAUUGGCCCGGAUGGCCGGUGGAAUCUUCAACAGGUUCAAGAUGCAGCCAAUCAUCUAGGUGAAGCAUUAGCCAUAUUUCAUUGCCAUGGUAGUGAUCAUCAAUACAAAUCUGCUAAAGAAGUGCUCAUGGUUUUAGAAGAUCUACUGAAGUUGCUCACGUCAGGGAGAACAUGUCUUUCUUUUCCUAAGAGGAAAUCUAUAGAAGAAUUAGUGAAAAAUUCAUCUAUGCAACACUUCCAGCCACCAGUGCCAAAUGAUGUAGCCGUUAGUUUUUAUGUGCAUUCCUCAAAGCUCAUUCUUGCCAUUUACCAUCUACAUCACACAGCUAGCUAUAUAGACAUAGUUAGCAGACAUCAGGUAGAAUGUACGGUGCAGUGGUUAAACGAGGCAGUAGUGCUGUUCACAUUAGCAAUGCAACAGUGUCAACAACUCUAUGAUAAGAUUAGAGCUGUGCAGUUGUCGAAUCCACAGACAUCUUGACAAUGAGAGAAAGUGUCAUGACAUGGAAAAUAAGUACUGCCACAGGAGAAAGUGUUGUGACACAUAAUUGUUGCUGUGGAAACAAGAGAAAGAGUCAGCAAAGUAGAAAACAAGGGGAAGAUGCUGCUAGGAAACUUUGUGAUAAAAUUGUUACUUUAUCUAAUCUGAUACGUUUAAGUUGAACUUUACUAACAUGUUAGAAGAAAAAGGUACAUUCCUGUUUUGCUUUUGUUAAGUUCCAAGGGAAAAUUGAAAGACAUUUUGUCUCAAAACUGCAUUCGAACACAGGGUGUUAAUGUUUUUUAUGUAUAUAUGGACAUUAAUCAUUUGUAGGAGUUAAGAAAACCAGUUUCUUGUUAAAGAGGAAUGUAUCUUAUUCUUCUGAAUAAAAUGGCCUAAAAGUUGUCUGUUUGAGUUUAAAAGUUAUUUGAGGCUUCUAUGGCCCAAACGUUUUGGAAAAGUACUUUAUCAUGUUAUGAGCAAUAUAUAUAUUUAUAUACCUAUAUAAAUUCUGUCAAAUAUACAGCUUGUAUUUUACAGGUAAAUACGAAGAGGCAUGAAAAAUUAUGUAUCAUACCUUUUGUAUUGUAUGUUUCCGGACUACUUUCAUUUAAUAUUUAUGACCGGACACAGUUCUAUAAAUAGCGCACACAAAAACUACACUCAGUUCUAUCAUAACAUCGAUAAACAUUAAAGAUUUUGUUCAAUAACAAAAACUACAAACAAAAAGGUGGAGGUAUAUAAUAAAAGGAUCAUUAUAACAGUAGCUAGAUCUGGGAUUUUGUAAUCGGCUCUCGUGACUUUUGCCAGGUCAGAUCACACUCGUGAUCCAAUCUGGUAAAAUCCACUCGAGUCUAAUACAGCAUCCCAGAUCACUCUACUGUUAAAAUGACCCUAUUACACAAGUGUAUAUUGUAUAUAUGGUUUACAGGUAUUGUAUGGACAUGUUAAAACGUGUGGAAAUUCUGUGAUAUUGUUAAUUGAUUUUGUAUAUAAUAAUUAUUAUCAGAAGAGGGACCAUAAUAUUGAUUAUAAAAAGUAACAUAUUUGUACCCGGGUUUUACUGGGAUGUUAAUCGUUGCAGUUUAUAUAGUCUCUAGUUUGAGAUGUCAUGGAUAUCUAAAAGGGUACUUGUAUCUUUGAUAUUUUAUUUUGAAAGAAAGAAAUAAAAUAACAGAUUGUCUUUUUGAAAAACAUAUCUUGUGGACAUUCCCAGUGUUGGAACACAUUCUGUGCAUGGACAUUUCAAGCAUUAACAUUUUUUCACUCAGUACCUCAUAAUGCUGUAUAAAAAGUUUGAAUAUAUCAACAACAGUUUGUUGUAAUAGUGCUUUCUGUUAUAAAAAAAGAUGUAAAAGAAAAAAAGUUGGACACAUUUAACUAUUAGCCUGCUGGCUGCAAGUGAUUCUGCCUUUGCGACAAGUGCAGACCAAGAUCAGUCUGCACACCUGUGCAGACUGAUUAUGGUCUGCACUGUUCGCUAUUCAGUCUGACAGUAAAAUUUCAUUGAACACCCCUUUGAAAAAUAAGUGGCACUGUCCAAAUUGAAUGAUGGACCAGUCCAUUUUAGAAUUUUUGGAGGGUAAAGGUUAAGCUUGUCAAUUCAUUCAGCACAUAAACAAGGUCUGUUUGUUGAUGGUUUUAUCUUUGGACAGGUGAGUCAAGGCAGAGGUAUUUUUUAUACCAGUGGGACCAGUAAUACAUCAGACAGCAUAAUUAGCAGGGUUUUAUAUGGUUGUUUUGGGAUCAGGAUUGUUUUGACUGUUUAAUACUGUGUUGGUGCGCCAUAAAACCCAAAUAAAUAAAUUAAAAUCAGUCAGCCUGUACUUAUCAUGAAAGAACAUUCUUUUCAACAGUAUAAGUCAUUCUUCUUUACUGCAUGGAGCUGUAUUUUACAAAAACUUCAGGAGUAUGGAAAUAUGAUGAUCCUUUGAACUUAGCAGUCUUGAAAAAUGCAUAGGGUUAAAGGUGUAAUUUGAAAUAUUUUACUGUUCUUGAUUUGUUUGUACUGUCAUAAGACAACUUUUGGUAGGACUAGAGUGAAUGAUAAUGGUAAUUAAAAUUCCUUCGAAGGGAUGCAUCUAUCUGAUUUUGGAUCAGAUGAAAGCAACAGAGUUGUUUAUGUUUUUAUGAUGACUGUAAUAUUAAAUGUGGCAAGCCUUU